UGACACAUGAAGAGAUAAACACAGGAGGCAAUGGUUCCAUGGCAGCUACUGAGUGCUUCCUGCUGGCCGUGAUGUCCUAUGACCGCUAUGUGGCCAUCUGUCACCCUCUGCACUACCCUCUGCUUAUGAACCCAAAGAAGUGUGCUCAGCUGGCAGCCGGUUCCUGGCUGAGUGGAAUCCCAGUCCAGAUAGGGCAAACUUGCCAGAUAUUCUCUCUGCAUUUCUGUAAGUCCAACCAAAUCCCCCACUUCUUCUGUGACCUACCUCCCAUUCUCAAGUUGGCCUGCGGGGACACUUUAGCUCAUGAGAUGUCUGUCUAUUUGAUGGCUAUGUUUUUUGCAACUGUCCCUUUCAUGGUGAUCCUUGCCUCUUAUAGCAAAAUCAUUUCCACCAUUCUGAGGUUGCCAACAGUGCAAGGACGGACCAAGGCCUUCUCCACAUGCUCUUCCCACCUUCUGGUUGUGGUGCUAUUUUUUGGAUCUGCUAGCAUCACCUACCUAAGGUCAAAGUCCAGCCAUUCUGCAGGAACUGACAAACUGCUGUCUCUCUUCUACACUAUUGUGACACCCAUGUUCAACCCCAUGAUAUACAGCCUCAGGAACAAGGAAGUCAUUGCAGCGCUGAAAAAAGUAUUUCUUCAAACACAACACCAUGGUUCUCUUUGA